GGGGCGUACCUAGUAUCGUUUGCCUUAGCUUCAUUUCCCACAAAAAGGCGUGAAACUCGCGGGGGGUCGCGCCCUUCCCGUUUGUUGUGCGCGCCUAUACAUAUAGAGUUUAUCGAGAUGCCCCACAGCGUAGAAGCCGUUUGUGCCAUCUUCUUUGUUUCAUUUAUCAACAAGCAGCGGCGCGGUUAGCCUCUAGGCCCAUCAAGUAGCGAAAAAAGCGAGCGAGGGCACCCAUGCCAGCGACAGCCUUUGGAAUCUGAUAAGCCCCAAAGCAUCGAGAGAAGCCGCGCGGGGUUCUUUAAGAACGUGAUAGAAGCAAGAGCAGCGCCCGAGAAUGAGCUUAGUGGAGUAGGCGUAGUUGUAGACAAGUGUGAGUAGUAGUGUCAGGGGUCUGAAGUAGUGCCAGCAGGGCGAACGCACUGGAACUACAGCUACAUCAGCGGUGCGAAACCUCUAAAGGAGUGCUACGAAAUAGUGUGAAGCCACUGAGGCUACGAGAGUAAUGCUAGAAUUAGGAAAAUGAACGGAGAGGAGGGUCCGCUGUUGGGUCUGCGGCUAUCGCUGUAAUUUGCCAGCGGGAAGCGUCUGCUAAGUAUGGCAUAGGAACGCGAGGGGCGUGACUUCUACAGGCCGCUCCAUCCAGUGUGAUUGUGUAAAAAGAAUUACUUCACCGGGAUCAUCGUGCGUAUUCAUAUAUAAGUAAUUAUCAUGAUUCGCCUUCUUUUUCAUCCUCACUGCUUUUCAGUCCGUUUCUGUUCAUAAAAAUAUGGGCCGGGGAGUGCUGUUCAGUUUACCAGCCUUCGAAGAUGUCUAGUGUUGCUCGUGUUACCUUAGUUACCAUUUAUCAGAUAGAAGCGGUGCAAAAUAAAAGAAGUGUAUCUCGUAUCCACGCUCAUUGACUGUGGAGGAGAUAACGAAGACCAAAGGCUAGAGGCGGGGCCUUCCAUUGCAGAAGCGUCUGCUCCCAACCGCAGGAAACGCAGCAUCCCGCCGAUGGCCUUGUGUGGUCGUUAGGGAUGCGGCGACGAUGUGGUCUGGAAUUCAGUGUCCUCUCAGUUAAUUCGUGUAUGGUCGUCGCAUAUUGCGACCUGAUCCGACCGGAGCCCCUGCUCCUUUUGCUCCUUCUUAGAGUGCCUUCCAGCUAUGGGGAAUAUAGCACACUCGUCGAAAACUGACCCCAAAAUAUUUUUUAUGAAGGGAAGAAAGCGCACUACUCGACUACCAAUCACAAAGGAUUUUUUGUUAGUGCCGCGCUAUGGUCAUAUUGCGAAAGCGAAUAGCAAGCAAGGGGCGUCCCUUUGACUUCGUGGUGGGGUUACUAUGACUUCUACACAUUCUGUCACAUCUACCUUGGGGGAAUAGACUUCUACACAUCUAUCUUUCUUGAGGGGUUAGCCUACUACAAACUCUGACUCUUUUGGUGGGGCUUUGCUUCUGCCAAUUCAUCUUGAGGGGCGGCCGUACUUCCGCACAUCCAGCAGUAGUUGUCUCCUAUGAUCUCUCCGACAGCGAUCAAUCGUAGGUUUGCUGACCUUAGUAGUAAGACUCGAGCGCGCCUUGCUAUAGUCGAAGAACUAACUCACUGGUGCCAUAUAUGUGCUUUAUCGUCUUGCCACUGAGCCAGUGUUGCUUCUAAUAUAGAUUUUGCGUGAAGGGUAUUUUGCUCUUUUCGUGUCAGUAAAAUCCGAAAAAGCUACGAGUUGGAAGUGAGUUGAGUUAUUGCGUACUCCAAAAGUUUACUUCUCGACCUUCAAGGGGUUAAAAUAAGAGGUAUAGCGAACUAAGCGGCUAGUCUAGCAGAGGAGGUAGAGCGAGUAGCAUAAGGGAAGACCAUCCUCAAGCGCAAGAAGAAUAGUAGAUCGAUGUAGAGGUAGAAGAAGUAAUAUGUAAAGAAGAGAAUAGCAGAAGUUUUUCGUAAUAGAGUCUUGCGAUCUAAAUCCUGUCUCGCUUCCAAUCCGAUCCUUCCCCGUUCUCAAUGCCUUAAGUUCUAAAAAAUUACAAUCUUAAAAAUCUCCCGAUGAUGGUACUACUAUGGUAAAGGUUAGAAGUUCAAAAAUAUGAUGAUGACGAUCAUGCCCCUGGUGCUUUAAUGUUCAAAAUAAAAAUCUGCAUGCUUCUGGUUUCUGCUCGUGUUUCUAUCCAAAUAAAAAAUCGAUGAUCACGCCCCGGCAAUCUUUCGAAAAAUAUUGGAUUCCUUUGCUUUUUCUUGUUCCUGGUGCUGUUUAAAAUCGUGAAAAA